UGUAAAGUGGUGAUUCUGAGUGGUGGACAUUAUUGGGUCCAAGUUGGCUGUUGUGUGUGGACUUGAUCUGGAUAAAGUUUGAUGAGAUUAGUGAAAACAGCUGUGUUGGAGAAUGGGAAACGAAACUCUAGAACUUCCCUGUACAUUUCACUGAAAGAGCCAACCCUCAUGACAGUGUGAUCAUUGUAAGUUUGGUUGAAAGUUUGGUUGAGUAAAACGAGGAAAUAGGAUAACGUUCUAUUCUGGAUUAUAUUUGUUGAAAAUGGGGGCGUCCAAGAAAGAUGAGUCAGAAAUGACGGAGAGGAAAUCGGGUCCAAGCGAGGAUUCCGCUUUGGUUGAGAAACCGGAGUAUGGAGAGCCUGUGAAAUACGACCCAACGUUCAACGGGCCGAUAAAGAAACGAUCAUGCACCGAUAUAAUCUGCUGCCUCCUCUUCCUGAUUGUGAUGGCAGCGUCUGCCAUCCUGGCGUAUUUUGCAUUUAUAAAUGGCGAUCCCAACCUUCUGAUAUAUCCCACCGAUAGCUUCGGCAAGCUUUGCGGCUAUGGAAAUUUCAAGGACAAACCAAAUCUUGUGUUCUUUGAUAUGUUGACUUGUGCCAGAAUGGGGCCGUCAGUCCUGAUCAACGGCUGCCCUACACCACAGGUCUGUGUCGCGUCAUGCCCCAAUAAGACGUGGGCAUUUGCAGAGACGGACUUCCUCGAAGCGCCACCUAUGAGCAAGCCUCAGAGUGAGACACGUAAAGAUAUGAUUUGCAAAUACCACGUGGAUCCCGCGGCAGGGAUAUACCAAGGCAUGAGUGCCUUUCAAUUGAUGUCCAAAGAUUACUGCGCCCCCUAUUAUGUUCAGAGCUCGCCAUUUGUCGGGCGUUGCAUUCCUUCGAUCUUCAAAGACGCCGUUGAUGCACUUGCCAAGACGGCUGUCACCGUGGUGGUCGAAGGUCAAACCUUAAAUCUGACCAACAGCAAUAACGAUACUGUGACUAAUGAGUUACUUAGCAAGGGCUCAGAGGCUCUGGCUGCCUUCUUGAGUGUUGUUGAGAUUGGUAAGGCGACACUUUCAGACCUGCAGACGUCAUGGUGGCUCAUCGUCAUUGCGCUGUGCGUUUCGGCCCUCCUCGGCCUGGUAUGGAUUCUCCUGAUGCGUUGGAUUGCUGGCAUCAUGGUGUGGCUGUCUGUGGCACUCUUCAUUGGGAUGUUCUCCUUUUCGACGUACUACUGUUUCUCGAAAUAUGUGGCGUUGAAAGAUUUACCGUCGGCCAAUGGGAACUUCUACUUCACAACAAACCUUUCAUAUUAUCUUGGAUUGAAGGACACGUGGCUCGCGUUCGGAAUCAUUUCCGCCAUAUUUCUUGGCGUCAUUGUCCUGAUCCUGAUUGUCCUGCGCGCAAGAAUCUUGAUAGCUAUUGCUCUCAUUAAGGAAACUAGCAAAGCUAUUGGGAGCAUGAUGUUCACCCUCCUGUGGCCCAUUUGGCCGUUCAUCAUCCAAGCUGGCAUCAUCGGAUACUGGGCUGCUGUCACUGUAUACCUGGCAUCGUGGAGUGACGUCAAAUCCCAGUAUACAGUGAAUGGCACGAACUCGUCUGAUGGUAACGGAGGCGUCGCGUGGUCAUUCCCACCUUGUGAUAUCGCAAAAAUUGCUAACCAGGACAUUCAAAAGCUCGUAAAUCAAUCUGAUGAAUUGAACACGGCCUGUCAGUUCCUGAAGUAUGAAAUACACAAUUACGUCAUCCCGAUGCAAAUCUUCAACCUCUUCGUCUUCUUCUGGCUGUUCAACUUCGUGAUCGCUUUCGGUCAGAUGACAUUGGCGGGAGCAUUCGCCUCGUAUUACUGGGCGUUUAGUAAGCCGAAGGACAUCCCGACUUUCCCGAUCGUCUGUUCAAUAUGGCGCUGCUUCAGGUACCAUUUAGGCUCCCUGGCCUUUGGAUCUCUGAUCAUUGCCAUCGUGCAGUUGAUCCGUGCGAUGCUCGAGUACAUCGAUAGCAAAGUCAAGGGAACAGAGAAUCCGUUUGCAAAGUUUGUGAUCAAAUGCAUGAAGUGCUGUUUCUGGUGCCUGGAAAAGUUCCUUAAGUUUAUCAACAAGAACGCCUAUAUUCUGGUUGCAGUGUACGGCAAGAACUUCUGCACGUCUGCCAAGAACGCCUUCUUCCUACUGAUGAGGAACAUCCUUAGAGUUGUGGUUGUGGAUAAGACAACAGGAUUCUGUUUGUUAAUCGCCAAACUUGUGGUGGUUGGAGCUACAGCCCUAACAUGUCUUGCGAUCUACGCUUUCGAUAUAAACAUAUUUUGGGCGAUCGACACGAUCACGAAGUUAAGAUAUAUCUGGUUGCCCUUAGUUGUGAUCACUAUCGGGUCUUACAUCAUCGCGACGAUGUUCUUCAACGUCUACAGUAUGGGAGUCGAUACCAUGUUCCUUUGCUUCUUGGAGGACCUUGAACGCCACGACGGUUCACCGGAAAAGCCGUACUACAUGAGCAAGGAACUGAUGAAGAUUCUUGGCAAGAAGAACAAGAAGGUACCAGGAGAGGGGAAGAAGAAGGACAAGUAGGCUGGGAAUGGAUGAAGAGGAGGGGAAAAGUAGUCCCGUCUCAUUGAACAUUUGACAUGUUCUAAUACACUUGCCUGUCUAGUGACCCAAAAGAAUAUAUUUUUCAUGUUUUGUGUGAAAUUUUAUGCUUUAAUGUUUACAAAUACUUCACUAUGCAUCUUGAAUCAACCCAGGUUUGCACAAGUGCCUUAACUAUUCAGAUAAUUAACCCCUUGAGGACAGAGUUUUUUCCACGUGUCAUUAUUCACUGGACGGACAGGCAUUACUUUGAAAAUUACUUAUUUGAUUUGCAGAAUAAUGACUUUUCCACUGUUGAUUUGUUCAUUUCCACUCGGUGACCUGCACCAGUGUCAAAGCGCGCUUCUUGGGAGUUGACUAGAACAAGUCCACACUUUUUAUGCCAAAAACACAUGCUCUGAUAGCUAAGCAGACGAUAGUAGUUGACGUGUGCUGCCAUCUACGAUAAACUGAAGUAACUAAAUAACAAUCUAGGCAAGUUCGUCUGAUCAUUGAUCGGGUGAUGUGGAGUUAACUCAUCGGCCUCCUCCGGGUCGGGUUUUUCUUGUGAGUUAACUUGUCAGCCGUCCUCAAGGGGUUAAGCCCAUGGUUGAUGUUCCAGGAAAAAACAGUGAACUGGAAAAUUUUUGAAGAGCAUGCAAAGAAAAGUGUACACAUUGUAGGAAAUCAAUAUGCAUGUGCAUUGUAAUCACGUGGAUACACAUUGUAAUCACGUGCAUACUGAUUGUAAUCACAUGCAUACUCCUUGUAAUCAUGUGCAUACACAUUGUAAUCAUGUGCAUACACAUUGUAAUGACGUGCAUACACAUGGUAAUCACGUGCAUACACAUUGUAAUCACGUGCAUACUCCUUGUAAUCACGUGCAUACUCCUUGUAAUCACGUGCAUACUCCUUGUAAUCACGUGCAUACACAUUGUAAUCACGUGCAUACACAUUGUAAUCACGUGCAUACACAUGGUAAUCACGUGCAUACACAUUGUAAUCACGUGCAUACACAUUGUAAUCACGUGCAUACUCAUUGUAAUUGCGUGCAUACACAUUGUAAUCACAUAUAUGCAUACGUAUUGUAAGAACACGCGAUUGUUUCUGCUCUAGCUUUAACAGAAAGUAAAGAACUUGGGACAUGUUUACUUGUGUCAGGUCACCGAUCAUGGUGUUUUAUGUACUGCUGAAGCGAAACCAAAAGUAUGUUCUUAUAAAGCACACUUUGUCAACCACCACACUGAUACCUAUUAUGCCAAGAUGUUGUUACAUAUUUUUGGUACAAUAUUUAUUUAUCAUUACUGGUAGUAUUAAUAAGGUCAGUAUUUCAAACGUCGAAUAGCGCACCGAAGUUUGCAUUAUAGUGUCCAUUUGAUAAUUCUUAAAGGGACUAUAGGCAGCCGCUAGGUAGGCAAGAUAGAGUUAAAAGAAAUUGCCAAUAGGGGUCUCUUCUAUAUCUCAGUACCACAAAACUAUUUGCGCUUGUAUGUGGAAUAUGUAUUUAGUGCUGAAUCAAACAUCAUCCAGUGCUAUUACUGCGCAUAUAAGUUACCCGAAGAUGGCCAAUUUAACGCCCUAGCUCUUGGCUAUAUUUUCCCUUUAAAAAUUGCCAGAUAAUAUUCUCCAGAUUGGAAAAUAUUUUUGACAAACCUCGGCGAAUAGCGCACCGCAAGUUGUGGCGGAAUGUGUCCAUCCUAAAAUUUGCCAGAUUAUAGAUUUGUUGAAUGUUUUUGACAAUAAUCCAUCCACGCGGACCGUGCUAAUUGAUAGUUUUUAAAACUUUUAAGAGAACCUUGAGCAGAUGUGGUGAAGACUCUAUGCAGAGACGAUAGCUAGUUUUGUAUGUAGCAAAAAUACACUUGUUUGAAAAGAGACAUCUUUGAAAGUCGUGUUUGAAGCCACUGAUUUUUAUAAAUGUGUGAUUUCGAUAAACUUGUAUAUAAUCACAAGGUUUCGUAAAAGUUAAUGCAAUAAUCAUUUUGUAUAUCUAUAUAUAUUUCAAUUUGGGAAAUUGCCCUAAGAAAUGGGAUAUACAGUAGAACCUCUCUAUUAAGGACACCCAUGGGACUGACAAGUGCUGUCUUUAAUAGAGAGAGGUGUCCUGAUUAGAGAGGUCAAAUUGAAUAGAAACAACCAAUUUGGGACCAAAACUAGUGUCCUUAAUAGAGAGGUUUCCACUAAGGUUCCACUGUAUAUAUUGUAUGUGAUUUGUCAUAGAUUGAAAGACUGACAUGACGUCAGUAUAAAAUGUUUAGUUCUCUUUAUAAAUUUUGUAUUGUAAAUAGUGUAUACAAUGCAAUAAUGUACCAUUAUACAAUACAGUACUGUACCAUUAUUUGUGACAGGCCUUUCCAGGUCGCCCUGCUCAAAGCUUGGUGGAAUAACCUCCCACUUCAUGUUACGAUAUUCUCUAAAAAGCCGCUAUUUUUGGAUGGAAUGAACUGAUGGCUGUGAUAGCUCUUAUUUCUAAUGGGAGACGAUUCCAGAUUUAAGGAGCCACCCCUAAAAACUUUUGUUUUCAAAUCCCGUUUUUGUGAAGGGAAUAUUUUUGAAAACGUCUUAUUUUUAUACAAUCAUGCAUCAGCCUCAGUUUAUUCCAUGUGCAAUGGAAAUUUGAUUUGGUAGGCAUAUUUGUAUCCUGGAGAGAAAUAGAUAUUUAUGACCUACUGUAAACAAGCAAAUUCUUCCUGGCAUUUCAGCAGGUUUUGAGAAUAAUCCAGAUUUGCAGAAAUAAAAAUAGCGAUUUUUUUAAUGGACAAAAAACCCAAAUGAAAUAUCGCAAUCAACUAAAAUUUUAAAAAUCGCUAAGAUGCAGAAAUAUUUGGUUGUUUACAGAACAGGUAUAUAAGGUGUUGAUAAUGAUACAGCAAUAUUUAUGUUAAGCACAAACACUGUAGUUUCACUGAUGUAAGACCGGUGCGAAGAAUUCACUUCAAGCCUGAUGUUAUGGUCAUUUAAUGCCGUUCAACACAUUUGGUUUGAGUAGAUGGUUGGUGGGGAGCACCGAGUUAUCUGUUGGUUGUGACAUCAUGUUCCAGCUAGGUUUUUCGAUGAACUGGUCUUACACCAGUGAAACUAGAGUGUACAUUAAAACUAUCUUUAUAUCUAUUACAUUCUAUAUUUUCAUUUGAAAAUGGACUGCUAUUCCUCAUGUUAGUUCAUCGCACUGAUUAAGAAAAAUAUAUUGAGUUGAGAGCUGAGUGUCAACAGGGACAUUAUUAGCCCUAUAAACGAUAUUGAGCUGUUGUAAUGUACGUAGGAGGAAACUGGAGAUCCCGUAGGAAACCUAUGCUGUGAAACAGAGUCGCCCUCUAUCACAUGAGUGUACCGGGCUGACCAGGAAUCGAACCAGGGACCUCAGAGGUGACAGGGCUUAUGAUUCCACUCGGCCACUCCGACUGCGUUGAUGGACUAACACUACUGAUUGUUGUAAUCAUGAUGAUACUGAUUCAUGUAAUAAUAAUGAUAGUAAAAACUUGGGGAACAGGCUUCCCACUUAAUUCUAGGAGAGGAGGGGCCGGGCUUGUUGCUUUUAACUUGAUGUAUCACCGUCCAUUCGUUCAGGUAGAAUUAGGGGCCUUUGUUGAAACUUACUAUAUUGUUGAUGUUGAAACUGUACACUUGCACAAUGAAGAUUUUAUAGUACAGUAGCAGUUUAUGAGCGGCAGUAUUCAACUGACUUAUCACCCAAUACAUCCUUAUUGGCACCAAACUGAAGGAUGGUCUUAUAUAUAUUUACCUGAUUCUCCUCGGGUGGUCCUAUGAAAAUUGCUGCUUGAUGAUGCAAGCACUGUUUGGUGCGCUGAGAUCCGCUGAGUGUGGUUUAUAAAUAGAAUGUUUGCAGGUGUAGGGAGAUGAAUACUGCUGCUAACUACAGGUAUAUGCUACUGUCUUUCAUUGUCCCUAAUAUCCACCUCAUCCUGGUAUUGGGAUUUAUUGUAGCAAGGGUUAAAAAGGGGCUGUCUGUAUUUUACCUUAAAGGCCUACGCCGUUCGUUAAAAAUUUUGAAUUUGUAAUUGAGAAUUUUUAAAAUGUCUAAUUCUGGAAAUACGUACUAAAUAUAUAUUUCGACAUUGCCGUUGUGUAGACUGAUAUACAAAUACUAUGAAUACCAAGUUUAAACAAAUUUGUAUUCAUAAUAACUGCACUACGGCAUUGUGUAUUAGUGGAUUUCUAUUCAACUGGACCACAGGUGAUUACGAAUGGUGUGCCCCUUUUAAGGCUCAGUCGUUACAAAUUAAAAAUUUUUAAUUAAAUUUGAAUAGUAGUACCAAAUAUGAAUUUAAGCAUUGCUGUUUUGUAGACCAAUAUACAAAUACCAAGUUUCACAAAUAGUAUGCAUAAUAACUGCACUACUGCUAUGUGUAUACUGAAUUUCUAUUUUCCUGGACCACUGGUUAUUAAGAACGACGUACCCCUUUAACUCUGAACAUGAAUCGUAAUAUGUGUAAUCAUAUGUUUAAUAAAAUUGCUAUUGUGUGAUUAGACCAAUGUCAUGUCAGUCGGUGGUAGAGCAUUUUCAAUUGGAGCCCCUCAGCUGUGGAACAAACUUCCUUCAACUGUUAGGAACUGCAGCUCUCUGUUAUCUUUCAAGGGACAACUCAAACAUUUGCUUUUUAAAGAGGCCUAUCAAGCGCUUUGAGCGGCCAGUUAAUGGUUGGAUACUGCGCUAUAUAAGACUCGUAUUAUUAUAUUAUUAUUAGAGAAGUUAUUUUCCA